AUGGGGUUGACGACGACGCGCAAGGGGGCUGGCUGGUGGGUGGAUGGAUGGAUGGCUAGAUGGCUGGAUGGUAUGUACGGAGUGAAGGAGGCAGCAGUAGCAGAAAUGCAGGAUCCGCUGGAGGUUGCCCUUGUUUGGACUGUUGGGAUCUCGUCACAUUACAGACGCGAAGCACGAAAGCAAGUUUUCGAUGCAAAGAGAGACUUUCGUACGAUGAGUUGCUUUCCUGAAUUGGGAGGCCUGGGCCUGGACUCGGGACUUGGCCGUGUGCUGGAUGCUCUGAGGAUAGGAGAUGAUAUUCCGAGAUUGCCCAAUCACCCGCUCAUUCGUGCGCCUUUUCGAAGAAAUAUGUUCGUAUUGAGAAAGAGAGAGGGUGUUGACCCUGGACCCCCUUGUCCGGUGCCCUGCUCAUUACAUGCCCGUGUGACGGCGUGUUAUUGCUUUUCACGAGAAUUGCCUGAGCGGCGGUUCGUCGGUCUUCUGACUUGCGUGAUAAAGGGGGGGGCUUGGCUUGGUCCUGUGGGCGACAGAGGUUACGAAGCACGAGAGAGAGUCAAAUCAAAGCUUUGCAGAAUUGAAUCACAGGGCAAAGAAGGAUGA